AAGGCGUCGGCCAAUCGGUGCCACGGUUGUAUGGUGUCCGUAAGAAACGUUAAAAGCUGUCAAAAGCUUUUAGGUUAAGUCAAGAUUUUUGUAAUUGACUCUUCUAUGAUAAAUAUUAACGAACAUACAAAAUGCUACGAUACGAAGGAAUUAGAUAUGUUUCCGAGAAGCAGGUCGUCGUACUCGAUAUAGGCUGUGCAUAUACAAAGUUUGGAUAUGCUGGAGAAGCGGCUCCUCGUGGUAUUAUAAGAACCGAAGUUAAAUGCCCGGAAACUAAGGAGAUCCGACAAAUCUUUCAUUACAAGGAUACUCAGGAUCUUUAUCAGCUGCUAGUAGAAUUUAUUCAUCAGUUAUUUUUCAAGCACGUUGUCAUUACUCCUAAGGAUAUAAGAGUGGUUGUGAUCGAGUCACUACUCAGUCCUACACAAUUCAGAGAUACACUGGCAAAAGUAAUGUUUCGUCAUUUCGAGAUUGGAUCUUUAAUGAUCUUACCGUCUCAUCUGAUGGCUACUAGUUCUCUUGGAACUGAUACCGCCCUUGUAUUGGAUGUUGGGUACCAAGAAGCAACGCUGAUUCCUAUUUAUAAAGGUGUUCCAGUCCUAAAAGCAUGGCAAGCCCUGCCCCUUGCUGCUCAGGCAGUACAUCAGUAUAUUAAUCAGGAAUUAAAAACAAAAGUACCGGAUGUGGACAUAACGGAAAAAUUGAUUGAAGAUAUAAAAGUUCGAACGUGUUUUGUGACCACUUUGGAAAGGUCGAACAAAUUGGAGACUGAUGAUUUUCCCGCACCUCCACCUUCGGUAAAAUACCCUGGACGAAAAAGUUUUGAAAUUCCAGGGUACAUAAGGGAGAAGUCAUUUGAAGUGUUAUGGGAGCGAGAUAAUGACAAUCUCAGUAUACCGACAAUGAUACUUGAUGCUAUCGUUAAGUGCUCCAUCGAUAGCAGAAGGGAAUUAGCAGAAAAUAUUCUUCUAAUUGGUGGAACAACAAUGGCUAAAGGUUUUGUCAGUCGGCUUAAGACUGAAUUGUUGACUUUGCUGCGCAGCAAUUUAUAUUCUGAAAAAUUGAAACUGACAACAUUUAAAUUUCACACCGCACCAAGUAAACCCAAUUAUACUGCUUGGCUUGGUGGUGCGAUUUUCGGCACAGCUGAUUUACCAUCCAGAUAUAUUACAAAGGAAAAUUAUUUACAAUUAAAUCGAGUACCUGACUGGGUCUGUCUUGUAGACAACCAGAAAGAAACCUUUAGCUACAACAUGUAAUGAUCAUUCACUCAAUUUCUAUUUCAGAGUCUCAUAAAAUCGUAACUUAAUGAUCAAUUUAUAUGAAUCGUCACCACUUUGCUAUUGUAAGAAGCAGCUUGAAGUAACUACCGAGAUUUAUAUCGAGUUGUACUUUAAGCAUGUUUUAAGUAUUUACACAAUGAACACAUAAUUGUAUAUAAAUAAAUUAACACAGUUGGACAGAA